GGUAAUCCAAUCAGGAGUGACUACAAUAUGCCCUCCAUCUCCUGUCUCAGUCUCACCAGACUCUUCCCAGAAACACACCCUCCACAGGCAAACAGGUUGACGGGCUGAGACCCCCCCCCCCCCGGUGCCGAGAUGACGGAGCGCUACGACUGCCACUACUGUAAAGAAUCCCUGUUCGGGAAGAAGUACGUCCUGAGGGAGGAGAACCCGUACUGUGUGAAAUGUUACGAGAGCCUGUACUCCAACACCUGCGAGGACUGCAAGAAGCCCAUCGGCUGCAACACCAGGGACCUGUCCUACAAGGACCGCCACUGGCAUGAAGAGUGUUUCCAGUGUUUCCAGUGCAAACGCCCUCUGGUGGACAAGCCCUUCUCCACCAAGGACGACCAGCUGCUGUGCACAGAGUGCUACUCCAACGAGUACUCAUCCAAGUGCCACCAGUGCAAGAAGACCAUCAUGCCAGGCUCCCGGAAGAUGGAGCACAAGGGCAACAGCUGGCACGAGACCUGCUUCACCUGCCAGCGUUGCCAGCAGCCAAUCGGCACCAAGAGCUUCAUCCCCAAGGAGAACCACAACUUCUGCGUCCCCUGCUAUGAGAAGCAGUUCGCCAUGCAGUGUGUCCACUGCAAGAAGCCCAUCACUACUGGCGGAGUGACCUACCGUGACCAGCCCUGGCACAAAGACUGCUUCCUGUGCACGGGCUGCAAGCAGCAGCUGUCGGGCCAGCGGUUCACUUCCCGGGACGACUUCGCCUACUGCCUCAACUGUUUCUGCAACCUGUACGCCAAGAAGUGUGCUUCCUGCACCACCCCCAUCAGCGGUCUAGGUGGCAGCAAGUACAUCUCUUUUGAGGAGCGUCAGUGGCACAACGACUGCUUCAACUGUAAGAAGUGCUCCGUCUCCCUGGUGGGCCGGGGAUUCCUCACAGAGCGUGACGACAUCCUGUGCCCUGAGUGCGGCAAAGACAUCUGAUUGGCAGGCAGCAAUUAGCGAGUAACCUGAUUCGAUGAAGAAGAAAAACCGGGAAGAGAUCAUGGCGAACAACAGGUCCCAGUGACACUGUCAGCAACAGUCAGGCUGUGUUAGAGAGGAUACAACAACUGCAGUGUGUCGUGGGUUAACUGUGAAACCCUCCAAACUGAGGUUAUUUUCAAUGCAAGCUCACCAGUGGUCUACUGCAGUGCGUUUGAUCCUCUCACACAGCCUCAGUUAUGACAUGAAAACACAAUAUUUGGCUACUAACCCAAUGCUGUUUGAGUUUUAAAAUACUAUUUUGCCUAUCACAGGUUGUUCUGUCACAGUUCUGAUUGUGUUUUGUGCAAUAGAAAAUAUUGCUUAGUGCAUGCCCUGGCCUGAUAUAUCCAUUAUCAGUUUGAGGUUUUGCCCAUUAAUGUCUGCUGUCAUAAUAGAUUAUAUACUUUUUAGAUUCAUAUUCAUAUAUUCAGAGUUUAUGUAUUUAUAGGAAUAUUUCAUCUAAAUUAUAGAAUAAGUCUGACAGUUUGAGGAAAAAGAAAUCUAUAAUUUGGGUGAACUAUCUUUGCGUUUUGAAAAGCUAUUAAGUGGCGUGUAUGUUGGAGUUUACGUUUCAGAGUCAAUGUGGAGUUUUUAAAAUGUGAAUAACUAAGAAAACAGGCUUUACAGACAUCUAAACAAAUGGAACUAAAACCAAAGCUUCUACUAAAGACAAUGACAAAUAUCAGAAUUAUAAAGGACAGUUUGAUUGUUUAACCCCUAGCUGAUUGCUUACAGUUUAACCUGAUGCAAAUGCUUUGGUAACAGACCCAAUAGAGCCUAGAAAGCUAAGAGCCGACACAGAAUUGUCCCCAUCUAAUGUACUACCAGGGAUCGGAUGAAGUCUGUGUCUGAAUUCCAAAUAAAGAACUAUUAAAACAUC